GACAGUCCGACACUAACAAGUGUGGUUAGAAUUCAUGUGGAAUUUAUUAGAAGUUUUCAAAUAGAUAAACACGUGCUUUUCAGGUUUCCAUAAGCUUUAUUCAAUAAACAUUUCCAGAAUAAAAUAAUGGCACAUUUGAAUUUGAAGAAGAAAUCGAAACGGCAACCGGCCCGUCAAAGAUACAAGAUUUUGAAAAAGAUUCGACUUCACAACAAAAAGGCACGAAGAGAAGCUAAGAAAAAUCCUACUAAGAAAAAGCAAGAGAUUAUCCAGGUUCCUAAUAUUUGCCCCUUCAAAGAGGAUAUUCUGAAGGAAGUAGAAGCUUAUAAAAAACAAAAGGAGGAAGAAAAAAAUCGCAAGAAGGAAGAGGCCCGGUUGGAACGGGAAAAACAGAAUAAGGAGAAAAAGAAACAGCAACUGAGUGGAGGCUUAGAAAAGCUAAGAGCAAAUGCUGAAUUAAGAGACAAACUUCAUCAGCACUUUACUCCAGAUACUUCUAAUAAAACCCAUGAAACAAGCAAUGAGAAUUCCCUCAAACAAUACUAUAAGGAAUUCAAAAAGGUUAUUGAAGUAGCUGAUGUUAUCUUGGAAGUGGUCGAUGCAAGAGACCCCUUAGGGACCAGAUGUUCCCAAGUUGAGAAAGCUGUACAGGAUACUGGUGGAAGCAAAAGAUUGGUUUUGGUAUUGAAUAAAGCAGAUUUGGUGCCUAGAUAUGCACUGGAUCAGUGGUUAAAAUACUUUAAGGCAACAGUACCUACUGUAGCAUUCAAGGCAUCCACUCAAACACAGAACAGAAAAUUGGGCCAAAAGAAAUUCUCCAAAUCACAAGACAUUGUGCAGAACUCUGCUUGUGUGGGAGCUGAUUUAUUAAUGUCCUUGCUAGCGAAUUAUUGCAGAAAUAAAGGAAUAAAAACAUCUGUUACUGUUGGUGUAGUAGGAUUGCCAAAUGUAGGAAAAAGCUCAAUUAUUAACAGUUUGAAGAGAUCUAAAGCUUGUAAUGUAGGUGCAACUCCAGGUGUUACAAAGGCCAUGCAGAUAGUUCAACUUGACUCAAAGAUAAAACUGUUAGACUCUCCAGGUAUAGUUUUUGCUGCUGGAAAUGAUGCAGGAGCAGCAUUGAGAAACGCAGUCAACAUAUCCUCAUUAAGUGACCCACUCACACCAGCUAAUGCCAUAUUACAGAAGGUAUCAAAGCAACAAAUUAUGGAGAUGUAUGACGUUCCUGAAUAUAAUUCUCCUGAGGAAUUUUAUGCUUUGAAAGCAACAAGAACAGGCCGAUUUAAGAAAGGAGGAGUGCCUGAUAUAGUAGCAGCUGCUAGAGGUUUACUAGAAGAUUGGAAUAGUGGUAAAAUAAAAUACUACACGGUUCCACCAGAAGGUACAGACAACUUGAUAAGUGCAAAAAUAGUAUCAGAAGUGGGCAAGGAAUUUGAUAUUGAGUCAUUUGAAGCAAUGGAGACUGAUGUUCUGAGCAAGAUAGAAAAAGAGUCUGACAAGAAGGAUGCCUUUGUGUUGGAUAGUAUGGGAACUGUAGAUGCCAUUGAAGAGAUGGAACAGGAUGGAGAAGAUGAUUUAUUAAGCAAGAAUAUGACCGUAGCACAGAAAAAAACUGAAAAACAGAAGCAAGCUCCGCGUGUGAAGAAACCAGAUCCUGAAAUGGAACUUGAAGGCAACCAAAAAUUAAACCAACUUAAGAAGAAUCAGUUCAAAAAGGAGAAGAAACAGAGAAAAAGAAGGGAAAAGGUCGCUCUACAACUUUCAGCUGGUUUGGAAAACUUCAAUAUUACUGAGGGAUCGACAUCAACGGAAAGUUACGAUUUUAAAACAGAUUUUGUUGAUGCACUUAAAGAAUAAAUAUUUUGAGUUCAAAA